AUGGCGGGGGUGGGAGCCAGGGGGAGAAAGACUGGACUCCCGGGGUUCUGUUGGAAAACAUGUUAUUUCCAUAUUCUUUUCUGGGUCGUGUCUGUUUGUGGAGAAGAGAGGACCUUCAUCGUUGAGACGUGGCUGAAAAACUAUGGCUACUUGCUCCCUCAUGACAUCCGCACAUCGGACCUGCGAUCAGAGAAAGCCAUGCAGUCAGCGGUCGCUGCUAUGCAGCGGUUUUACGGCAUUCCAGUGACGGGAGUGCUGGACCAAACAACCAUCGAGUGGAUGAGAAAACCUCGGUGUGGAGUUCCAGAUCAUCCUCACAUCAGCCGACGAAGGAGAAAUAAACGCUACGCCCUCACUGGUCAGAAAUGGAGGGAUAAAAAGAUCACAUACAGCGUACAUAAUUUCACCCCCAAGGUGGGUGAGAAAGAUACUCAGAGGGCAAUCCGCCAGGCCUUCAAUGUCUGGCAGACGGUGACCCCGCUGACCUUUCAGGAAGUGGCCUACUCUGAGAUCAAGAAUGAGGGUAAAGAGGCGGACAUAAUGAUCUUCUUCGCCUCUGGUUUCCAUGGUGACAGUUCACCCUUCGAUGGAGAGGGAGGUUUUUUAGCCCAUGCAUAUUUCCCUGGUCCCGGAAUUGGUGGAGACACACACUUUGACUCUGAUGAACCCUGGACUUUAGGAAAUUCCAAUCAUGAUGGCAAUGAUCUUUUCCUGGUAGCAGUACAUGAGCUAGGACAUGCCUUGGGUCUGGAACACUCCAAUGAUCCAAGUGCAAUCAUGGCCCCUUUCUACCAGUACAUGGAGACGCACAACUUUAAACUGCCUCUAGAUGAUCUUCAAGGGAUCCAGAAAAUCUACGGUAUACCUACAGCCAUGCUGGAGCCCACCCGACCUCUUCCAACUCUACCUGCACGACGAACACACUCCACCUCUGAAAGAAAGCACGAUCGUCAGUCCCGUCCCGCUCGCCCACCCUCUGGAGAUCGCCCGUCCUCUCCUGGUAAUGGAAGACCUCACAUCUGUGAUGGCAACUUCAACACUGUGGCCUUCUUUCGACGGGAGAUGUUUGUUUUUAAGGAUCGCUGGUUCUGGCGUUUGCGUAACAACAAAGUUCAGGAAGGCUAUCCCAUGCUGAUAGAACAGUUCUGGAAAGGUCUACCUCCUCGCAUUGAUGCUGCUUAUGAGAGAUCAGAUGGCAAAUUUGUGUUCUUCAAAGGGGACAAAUACUGGGUCUUCAAGGAGGUUACAGCAGAGCCAGGGUACCCCCACAGUCUGGUAGAGUUGGGCAACUGUCUGCCCCGCGAUGGCAUUGACACAGCCUUACGCUGGGAACCUGUGGGCAAAACCUACUUCUUCAAGGACAACCAGUACUGGCGUUACAACGAGGAGAAGCGCACUGCUGACCCAGGCUACCCCAAACCCAUCAGCGUAUGGAAGGGCAUUCCUGAUGCACCUCAAGGAGCAUUUGUUAGUCGAGAAGGAUUUUAUACCUACUUCUACAAAGGAAAGGAUUAUUGGAAGUUCGACAACCAGAAGUUAACGGUGGAGCCAGGCUACCCCAAAUCAAUUCUCAAAGACUGGAUGGGAUGCAACCAAUCGGAAGUAGACAAGAACAAGGACCGACACCUCCCUCAUGAUGACGUCGAUAUCAUGGUGGCCAUUAAUGAUGUACCCACCACUGUCAAUGCAAUUGCUGUGGUCAUCCCUUGCAUUCUCUCACUGUGCAUUCUGGUCCUCGUAUAUACUAUCUUCCAGUUCAAGAACAAAAACGUCCAACAGCAUGUGACCUACUACAAACACCCGGUGCAGGAGUGGGUAUGACAGACUAGGGGGCGCUAUGGACCCCAAACGCUUGAGAACAUCAGCGAGGGCUACUAUGCUGAGGUUUGGAAGCAUACGUGACCAGUGCCUAUUUUCCAAACAACCUUGUCCCAGUACGGGGUAAAGACAAGGCGUAUCCAGUCCCUCCCUCUUGAGACAAAACGUCGAAACCAAUAUUGCAUUUUUUUUUUUUUGCAUUAGCCAAAAGGACAUUCUUGGACUGUUGGCGAAAUGUACGAUGGAAGGAGGUUUGGAGUUGAAGUUGCUCUGGCCUUAUGCUAAUGUUGGUCUCAUUCUUACCAGGUAACUUUACACUCAAGAAACCAUCACAUUCUCCUCCCCAGGAGAGUUUGAGGAUUUGUAAGACGUCAGCACAUCCUUGUCUUGUUCUCAACAUGAACUUGUAAAUUAAUUUUAAGUAUUAACAAAGAAAAAGAGCAAAAACAACAAAAAAACGAUUCAAGACUUGAAAAAUAACAUAGGUAGGAAGGCCAUAGACAAGAAUACCAAGGAAUUCUGUGGAUCAUGCAGUCUUUUUCAUUUAUGGGGUGAAAGGUUCACCACUAGCACUCUUUGAAGACUUCAACACAUUUUUUUUAGAGGGGGUUAAGGGGCAUUUUUUUUUUAAAUAACUUAAAAUUUUCUUCACAGCAUCAAUCUUAAUGUUUGUUUGCUAGUUAUUUUUUUCUUUUCUCACAUGCCUACCCAUUUCCACAUAGUAAGAAGCACUUGAUUUAUAAUAACUUGACACCUCCUCCCACUCUUUUACUGCACUCCACUUCAACUUCUCUUCUUCUUUUGCUGUUUUAUCAGUCGGUAUCAAAGGAGAAUCUCACUGUUGAUCAUGUCCUUUUUGUAGACAGCAUUUACAUUUCGUGUUUCUAGAACAGUAAUUUAUAAAAAACAUUUUGUGGAUAAUCUUUGGGUCAUAGGGACAAAUAGGACAGUCAACAUGAAAUGGCAUUUAAAACCCAUGUUACUUCCAUAAUGCUACAUAUUUCUGAGUGAAACAGGAGAUUCAAUAAAGAAAUUUUUUUUUUUAAAUGUUGGAUUGAACUUGACUUUAUCCGUCAGGAAUAGAUUGGAUUGUGAAAAAUGGUCUCUAUAUGAUAGGAAGUUGGAGUUAGUUGAAAAACCAUGGAGUGGUGGUGGCGUAGUGGGCUAAAGCACAUAACUGGUAACAUAAGCUGGUUCAAUCCUCACAGCCACCACCAUUGUGUCCUUGAGCAAGGCACUUAACUCCAGGUUGCUCCAGGGGGAUUGUCCCUGUAAUAAGAGCACUGUAAGUCGCUUUCGAUAAAAGCACCUGCCAAAUGCAUAAAUGUAAAUGUAAAAACAAGAGGGCUUGGUAACAUCAUAAGAAAAGUUGUUUCAGAGGUGGUGCAAGUUAUUACAUUUCAAUGAGUUGUUCACAAGACAAGAAUGUGUAUUAAGAAAGUAAAUAGGGUAAUUUUCAUGUUGACAUCUUGGUGACUUUAAAAGUCUUUAGUGCUUCACUAUUAUGAUUGAUUACAUCUUUCUCUAUGAUCUCUACAUUUUAUCAACUGUAUUUAGCUUUUUACAGUCAUAUGUCCCACCCUAUUUCACAGUUUACUGUUAUAACCUUAGUUUACCACCAAGUGUAAUAUUUUAAACAUUGGUGCCAGGCAGGAACGUGUUUUUUAAACAGUAUUAAAUAGCUUUGUUUCUGUUACCUACAGGAGAUGAUCUGUCAAUGGUUCAUCCAUCCUCUCUGAAUGAACUUAAAAUGCUGUGCUUAAGUUAAAGUGACUUCGAUUUCACAUUUUCGAGGUGGAUUGUCUUACACUUAGCUCAUGAUGUCUGUCGGGUGCUUUUAUUGGUUCAACUGUGAUAACAGUGAACAGUUAACCUUGAUGUGUCUGACUAACCCAUAUUUACACAUCUGUUUGGGCUCAUCUCUUGUGGGAAUGGAUCUAAUACAGUACAUUGCACAUUGAAAGGAGCUGAAUUGUAAUUGAUGUUUUUGGAGUUUUAAAUGGAACUUCUCAGAUAACUUGAUAAAGCUUCAGGCAUAUACAUAAGGUUUGUUGCAUCUUAAUUAUCAUAUUAAGAUGGUAGAUUUGUAGAGAGACUGUAUAUAAGGUUUCACUUGCCAUGUUUAUCAUUUGACCUGUCAUUUUUUUGGGAAUUCAUUACUUAUAAAAGCCACAUUUUGUUUAUUUCACAGAAAAUAAUGUACAUAUCGUAUUCACAGUUCACUGGAGCAUGAAUCUACAACAGAAACUCUCUGGCAUCUACUCUAAAGUAAAGUAUCAAGCUUUACCUUAUUUUUCAUUGAGCUGGCUUCAUUAGCAUGGUAUAUGUGACACUGUCACUUCUGUAGUUAGCCAUAUACUGUACAUCUGUAAGGAUGUGAAAACUGUAGUGGCCCAACAGAUCAACCACUUGCAGAUCAUCCAAUUGUGUUAAUACAUUAAACCAACAUGAAUGUU